AUUUCUACUUUGAGUCGCGAGAGAGAUUUUGAGUUAUCUGCUCUCGGCAUCUGCAUCACUAUUCUAUAACUGAUUUGCGGCCGCGAUCAGUUGUUUCUGGGUAUAGUGCCCAAAGGAGUUGCAUUUGCAAGGGUAAAGAAAUCUUAACACACAGGUGCCCAAACUACCUACAAUAUGUCGGGCAGGAAAGAAACAGUCUUGGAUUUGGCUAAGUUUGUAGACAAAGGUGUUCAGGUCAAACUCACCGGCGGUAGAGAAGUCACAGGGACCCUAAAAGGAUAUGACCAAUUACUAAAUCUUGUCCUGGACGAAGCUGUAGAGUUUCUUCGAGACCAGGAUGAUCCAUUGAAGACUACUGAUCAGACUAGGCGUCUUGGCUUGAUAGUUUGUAGGGGCACUGCGGUUAUGCUGGUCUCACCAACUGAUGGCACAGAUGAGAUUGCUAAUCCUUUCAUCCAGCCAGAUGGAGCCUGAUCUGAUCCUUCGAAAUGGGCGUAUGUCAUUCCUUUUCUGUUCACUUAUUUUCUAACAUUUUCAAGUCUGAAUUCCUAUGUGCAUGUGUUUAUCUCUUGAAAGCUAUCAAAACCAAACCUCCAAACCUUGAAUAUUAUUCGAAGUUGAAGCA